GAAUUGGGCCCCCAAGAACCAUAACCUGAUGCGCACGGCGACCAUCACCUCUUAAUUAGGAAUCCGAAUCCAGUUCUGUCAAAUUUACAAGGAUUAGACUCCCCCCUUUUCCUCCCAAGCAUUACCGUCAGAGAUGCUUUUCAAAAAGAAAAUGUUUUUAGCGGCUGAGGCAUGACUUCAUAGAAACAUAAACGAAUGAUCAAGGCCGAGUGUUAAAUGCAUUUCUAUGAAACAGGAUUAUCCUCAAGCUCUCCUUGUAUUCUCGAUAUUUUCUACUAUUACAUGAUUAGUAGUGAACAUGGCGCUCCCCGAGAACCACAUCAAAGUCCCAUCUGUACAGAUAUCCAUUCGUCAAACCGAGGCAUGGGAAAAUGACCGGCUUCCAUUUGCAGUUUGCUCCGACUCAGAGGUCAGACACCUUGACCCUGACAUGGUGCUCGUUAAGACGGUUGCCGUCGCUAUCAACCCCUACGACUACAAGAUGCCAACCCAGUUCCACUCACCUCGGACAACACCUGGCGUCGAUUUUGCAGGGAUCGUGGUUUGCAAAGGCUCGGCGGUUUCGGCGAGCAUAGAGGUUGGAAGCCGCGUUUGUGGAAUGGUCGGUGGCUCGAAUCCAGGAGAUGAGCUAAUGGGUGCAUUUGGACAAUAUGUGCCAGCCUAUGAACACGCCCUACUGAGAAUUCCAAAGUCAGUCAGCUGGGAAAAUGCAGCGGCUCUCCCAAGUGCCGUUAUAACUAUUGGCGCCUCUUUGUUCAGUUCAAGUGGUCUGGGGUUGUCGGUGAAUCCAGAAAGCCCUGCUCAGGAUCCAUUCUUCGUCCUUGUCUACGGCGGUAGCACAUGCUGUGGAACGAUGGCAAUCCAGCUUCUCAAACAAUCAGGUCUCACCGUCGUGACGACAUGCUCACCAGGGAAUUUCUCACUCGUCAAAUCAUAUGGCGCUGAUGAAGUGUUUGACUAUCAUUCCCCCACGUGCGCUGAAGAUAUCAAGGCAUAUACAAAGAAUCGUCUGAAAUACGUUCUUGAUGUCAUCACUCAGGCUCGAACAACCCAAAUCUGUUACAGUGCCAUUGGACGAGCGGGUGGCAGAUAUAUUGGCUUGGAGCUGAUUAACAAAUCAUUUACGAGCGGCUUAAGGAGGACAGUGGACGCGGGUUGGAUAAAUUCACUAACUUUCUUGGGACGCGAAGUUUGCUUAGCUGAAGGGUAUGAAAGUAAAGCCCGUCCUGACCACCAAGCAUUUACGAAGAAGUGGCUUACCACAGCUCAAAACUUACUCGACAACGGCUCGCUAAGGUCCCAUCCUCCAAGGGUAAUGCCCAACGGGUUUGAAGCAGUCAUUGACAGUGUGGAGAGAAUCAGACGGCAAGAGGUAUCGGGUCAGAAACUGGUCCAUUUUAUUUGAUUGGUACUAGAAUAUAAGUCCUUGAACACUGAAGAGCAGAAUACAUCUGUUAUUCUGUCCACUUAGGAAUUGCCAU